AUGUUAAGAAUUGCUAAUAAAAUAAAAUCUCCAUUAGAAUAUGUACCACUUAAACAAAUCAAUAUUGAAUCAACAAUUCCUGUUUAUUGUUUUCCUAUUGAAGAACAAGCAGCUAUAUAUAGUUUUACAGCUCGUAUUGAUAAUCGAGAAAUAAUUGCACAAUUAAAAGAAAAAAAAGAAGCUCAAGUUGAAAAUAUUAAUGCUUUUAAACAACAGCAAUAUGGCACCUAUUUAUUAGAACAAGAUGAAAAAUCACAAGAUACUUUUAUUAUUAAUGUUGGCGCUUUACCUCCAUCAAAAGAAUGUAUAAUAACUGUAUCAUAUGUUACAGAAUUAGAUCUUAUACAAAAUUCAGUAAUUCGUUUUGUUAUUCCAACAACUAUUGCACCUCGAUAUAAUUCUCGAAACAAACGUAUUAUUUCAUCAGUAAAUACAAAAUCAAAAUAUGUUCAAUCCAUACCAUAUAUAAUUGAAUUUCGAUGUCGUAUUGAAAAAAUCUAUGGACCUAAUCAAGAACAAUAUAUAGCACGAUUAAAUUCUUCAUCACAUCAUGUUGAUAUUGAUCUUUCUGUACAUGAUGCAUAG